UUGACAUUAGGCGCCAUGGCCCGGUUCCGGUAUUCCCCUCUGGCUGGGCUUGGUCAUCGUCUGCGCCUGGCGACCCUGAUGCCGGGACAUUUCGACGACGAGGUGAACAUCACAUUGAAGGAAUCCUCACUCUUCCCCCUGGGUCAUGAAUCGGGAGAUGACGAAGAUCCGGAAGCAGCAGCCGGGGCCUCGGAAUACGCGAAUGGUCAAUACACAGCACUGUCUUACGUCUGGGGCCCCACAGAAAAUCCUGGUCAUAUUCUGGUCUCGGAUGGACACAGCAAAGGUGAACUUUCAAUCACGCAAAACUUGGGAGAAGCUCUUAGAUACUUGCGAUAUUCCGAAAAGCCACGGACCUUGUGGGUAGACGCCAUCUGCAUCAACCAAGGCGAUGUUGAAGAAAGGAGCAGCCAGGUCGCUUUCAUGGCCCACCUGUACCGACAGGCCCGGGACAUUGUGGUCUGGCUGGGCCCGGGAGGACAAGACAACGAGGCGGAAUACGGAUUAGAAUUCCUGAGCACCUGGGGCUUACGAGUCGAUGUCGAUUGGGACGAGUUCCGGGUGACUGUUCUGCAACAUUUCGCCGAGCCACCACGCCGAGAAGAGCUUGGGACAGCAGUCAACGAAGCCCUGCCGGGAGAUUCACUCAACCAAAAAGAGUCUCGCGCGGUGUACUAUCUCAUCAGCCGCGAGUGGUUCAAGAGGUUGUGGACGCGCCAAGAAGUUCUUAACGACAGACCCAAACUCGUGCGCUGCGGCACUAUUGAGGUGGAUGCGCAGCCAUUCCUCCGAGCGAUAUUCAUGAUGCACACGAACCAGACCAGCUUCGACUUGCCAGCCGAAGACGCAACGCGCUUUCUCACUCGCCGACAGCUCGUGCAUGAUCUCUGCGUCGCCUCGCCUGAGACCGAGCCUCUGGAGAGGUUGCGGUUCGGGCUACGCGGCCUCAAGUGCGGUGAUCCGGUGGACCACAUCUACGCGGCACUGAGUCUGCUGCCUCCUUUUGAGCAGAAGCUCGGCAUUGUUCCAGACUACACUUUGUCUCCAGCGGCCGUUUUCCAGGACGUCGCGACCAGGCUCAUCACCCGCUCGAAGAACCUGACGCUCCUCAAGACGUGCGAGCUCUCUUCAAAAUCGAUAUCGGAACUACCAUCCUGGGUGCCGGACUGGUCCAGCCCGAUCCGUGUUACCCCGAUCGAAAACCAUUGGCAUGCCUCAGCAUGGAUUACAGCCAACUCCCAAUUCAUCGACGAUGAGCAUGGUGGUGUUGGGAAGAUCUUGAGGGCUGCUUCGAUUUGUGGCCCAACGGUGGAAGCGGCACAUGAACUAGACAUAAAUCUCGAGGAGCACAACCUUGUCCAAAGCAACGUCAUUGUCCGCAUGUGGGAACUUCUCCGACAACACGCCGACCUUUCCCGGCCGUAUGUCGGCGGGAAUGACCUCUGCGAUGCGUUCACAAAGACAUUUGCGGCCGAGUUCUUUGAAGACAGAUACCUUGCGCGGGUAGGGAGGACGACUUUUGAAGACGCCGAGACGUUUGUGAGGCAGCUCGGCGCCGUCCCGGACAAGGAGGAGCUGCUCGACAUCCUGCGCGACUACAGGCCAUGGCGGCUUCGGUCUUUUUUCGCCAUGGCGGUCAGAAUGUUCUUGGGCAGGUGCCUAAUCACCACGGCAGAGGGAUAUAUCGGGCUUGCGCCAGAGCACGCCCGGCCUGGGGACGUUGUGUUUGUCAUUCUCGGCUGCAGAUUACCCAUGCUCCUCCGUCCUGGCGCCGGGGAGGUCAAGGACGACGGUGCAGUACCUCUGUCAGCCGCUACCACUUCUACUGCCACACGCCACAAGCGCUGGCAGGUUGUGGGCGGGUGUUACGUCCCGGGGCUGAUGAACGGCGAGGCCAUCCACGGGCCACUGCCAGAGGGCUUCCAGCCGGUCCAGACUACGACGGGGAGAAACAUGCACAGGCUGGUCUUGAGGAACGAGAGGACUGGGGAGGUCAGGAUGGACAUGGUCCAGCUCUUGAUAGACUAUGGUUUCGAGAUUGCAAAGUUUGUCAAGGAGCCUUGGGAGCUCGAGGUAGGCCUUGAGCAGUUGCAGGCUAGAGGGGUCAGUGUCGAAAUGAUAGAUAUCUGCUGAGCUCUCUACACACACACUAGACUAUAUUUCUGAUUGGUAGAGACAUCUGAUGAUAUGCAAAUAA